AUGCUAGCGUGCAAUGCUAUAGAAGGAGGUGACAAUGCCAAUAUGGCGUCGCCAUGGAGACGGCGGCAGCCGUCCUCACUGAAACAGCUCUGUUUUGGAGUCGUCUCCGUUAACAGAGAAGCGCUCUGGAACGAUUCCGCGCGGGCGGACAUAUUGCCCGUAUCGGUCGUAAACACAUAUUGUUGGAUCCAUACGACAUUUACGUUACCAAGGCAUAUUGAUAAAGACUACGGAAGAGAUGACACGAAAACGCACCAUGCCUACUAUCAAUGGGUACCGUUUGUACUCUUCUUACAGGGUUUGAUGUUCUACGCACCUCAUUGGCUUUGGAAAACAUGGGAAAAUGGCAAGCUGGAAUCUAUUAUUAUGGGUCUAGCCACCCCCAUCAUGAAUAAAGAGGAACGCCGCGAUAAGAUUCAACUGCUGGUCGACUAUCUAUGCAAUUCUUCUCAUCACCACAACUUUUAUGCCAUCAAGUUUUUUUUCUGCGAGUUGCUCAAUAUAAUAAAUUGUUUGUUCAAUAUGUGGUUUAUGAAUAGAUUUUUAGGUGGGAUGUUUCUCACGUAUGGGACGGACGUACUGAGCUUCACGGAGACCAAUCAAGAAGAACGAACAGACCCGAUGAUUGUGAUAUUUCCGCGAGUCACCAAGUGUUCCUUUCAUACAUAUGGGCCUUCGGGUACAGUUGAGAUCCACGAUCUCAUGUGUGUGCUCGCCCUAAAUAUCAUUAACGAAAAGAUUUAUGUUAUAAUGUGGUUUUGGUUUAUUGUAUUGACUGUCAUUAGUAUAACGGCGUUUAUCUAUCGUCUGUUGAUGUUUUACGUUCCCGUCAUCAGGUCGACAUUGCUAUUCCAAAAGCCUGCGAGUAUGCUGCACUACAAGAAAGUCUUGGACCAAAACGUCUCGAAAAAGUUACAGAUUGGCGAUCUUUUCUUAAUAUACCUCUUGAGUAAAAAUAUGGAGAUGCUCUCCUUUGACUCUCUCCUGGAGGAAUUGUUUCUCCGAUUGAAUGAUCAACACAUCUACCUUCCCGACCAUGAUCAGUCAAAUACUUACAAAGAGAGAUGUAUUUGA